AUGGCGAAAGAUUUCAAGGUGGAUACCCUUCCUGAGACGAUACUCGAUUUGGUUAGACGAGUCGAAAAGCUUCUGUCCCGCCAAGCGACCAACCCGCAUCAGCGAAUCCUCAUCGCACUUGCGGGUGUGCCAGGCUCUGGGAAAUCAACGGUAUCUCAGGCACUCCUGACUGAGCUUGCGUUGCGUGAGGUUCGCGAUGUCGCAGUCGUACCUAUGGAUGGCUUCCAUUACACCAAAGAAGUCUUGUCGAAGUUCCUGGAUCCUGAUCUAGCUUUUCGAAGACGUGGUGCUCCAUUUACCUUUGACGCCGAUGCUUUCGUAGACCUUGUGAGAGCGCUGAAAACGACACCUGUGACGACGAACCAUGAACCGGAGCUCUUCAUACUAGCGCCAAGUUUCGACCACGCAAUCAAAGACCCUGUUCAAGACGCGAUCACUGUCUCCUCUCGUACUCGCCUGGUCAUCGUCGAAGGCAACUACACGCUCCUUAGACAGAGCCCUUGGAACCAGGUUGCCGACGCCUACGAUGAAAGGUGGUUCGUCGAUGCUCCCGUGAAAUUAGUGAAAGACCGCCUGGCUCAACGCCAUCUUGCAGCUGGUAUUGAAACGUCAGCGCUAGCCGCUGCUCAAAGAGCAGAAGAAAAUGAUAUUCCAAAUGGGGAGCUAAUACGAUCGCUGCUCAUCAGGCCCGACGUCGUCAUCGAAAACUGA